AUGGACGCCCUCCUCGACCCCCUCCGCGACGCCCUCGAAGGCCAAAUCGACUUCGAAGGCCAGCGCCUCGCCGAACUCCUCACUACCUUCCUCCUCGGGUUAACUGGCAUCGUAGCGUUCUUCGCAGGCUUUAUGAAGCAGGACAUCGCGCUGUCGCUGUGGGUGGGGCUCGCGGGCACGGCGGCGACGUUCGCGGCGGUCGUGCCGCCGUGGGGGUUUUAUCGACGGAAUGGGGUGGAGUGGUUGAGUCCGUUGGGGGGGGUAAAAGUUACGGUUUCUUGA